ACAAGACAAUAAAGACAGAACUUGGAUCAAUGGACGAGGUGGCGCCAGCUGGUUCCAGGCGAUUCGAGGAUGAUUGAGGUGGUUUGCAACGACCGUCUGGGGAAGAAGGUCCGAGUGAAGUGCAACACCAAUGACACCAUUGGGGACCUGAAGAAGCUGAUCGCCACCCAGACGGGGACCCGUUGGAACAAGAUUGUGUUGAAGUGGUACACGAUCUUUAAGGACCACAUUUCUCUGGGCAACUAUGAAAUCCAUGAUGGGAUGAACCUGGAGCUUUAUUAACAAUAAAGCUGAACUCCUUCCUCAUGCCCGGUCCCCCCCGCCCCUCUCCUCCCGCUCUCAGCCCCAGCACUGGUAUGGAUGCUUGGUCUUUAAAAAGUCAUGUUAACAAGAACGUAGAACAG